AAUACUCACUUGAAAGUAAUAAAAAGAGAGAGAAAGAUCAUGCGCGCAACGAGGCCUCUGAAACUCUCGUGGUCGUCUUCUCCGAUUUCUUCGCUCUUCUGAAAUCCCUCUUUUUAUUAUUCUUCUUCUUCUUUUAUUUUCUCUCUCUUCAUCUCAAUUUUUUUUUUUCAAUUUUCUUUUAAAUUUUGAUUUUUUCCUGCAUUUCAUUUUUCUUGAGGUUUUCGCGGGCCGACGAUCUCUGCUAUUACUCUUCGGUCUGCGAAAUUUCAUACGGGAGGUUGAAAGUGAGAUAUUGCCUUUUUUUUUUAGCAAGAAAGAAGAUUGGAUUGAGUCACUUCACCAGUUGCAGAUGAGGUAGUUUAUUGGUGGGUUGUCGAAAAUCUUUUUCAUAGAGUGAGGGGUAUGGAUUCGGCUAAGAGUUGGUUCCAUAAGUUUCAGCCACGCGAUAAGUUGAGGUCUGCAUCUAGAAAGAAGGAUUCUGGAAUGGGGGGAAAGGAGGGCUCUGCGCCAACAUCGGAUGACGAAACGCCGUCGAAUGUCACGCAGCAGAGGGUUGCAGCAGCGAAGCAAUACAUUGAGAAGCAUUACAAGGAGCAAAUGAAGAAUUUGCAAGAGAGGAAGGAGCGUCGUAGCGUAUUAGAAAGGAAGUUGGCUGAUGCUGAUGUGUCUGAGGAAGAUCAGAACAACCUAUUAAAAUUUUUGGAGAAGAAAGAGACUGAGUACAUGCGCCUUCAAAGGCAUAAAAUGGGUGCUGAUGAUUUUGAGCUAUUGACAAUGAUUGGAAAGGGUGCAUUUGGUGAGGUUAGAGUUUGUAGGGAAAAGACAACAGGUAGUGUAUAUGCUAUGAAGAAGCUCAAAAAGUCAGAGAUGCUUCGACGAGGGCAGGUUGAGCAUGUAAAAGCUGAAAGGAAUCUUCUUGCAGAAGUUGACAGCAAUUGCAUUGUGAAGCUUUAUUGUUCAUUUCAAGAUGAGGAAUAUUUGUAUCUGAUCAUGGAGUAUCUUCCUGGUGGGGAUAUGAUGACUUUACUCAUGAGGAAGGAUACAUUGACAGAGGAUGAGGCAAGAUUUUACAUUGCAGAGACUGUUUUGGCUGUUGAAUCUAUCCAUAAACAUAACUACAUUCAUAGAGACAUUAAACCUGAUAACUUGCUGCUUGAUAGAUUUGGGCACUUAAGACUGUCGGACUUUGGACUUUGUAAACCAUUAGACUGUAGUACCCUUGAAGAAAAAGAUUUUGAAGUUCAGAGUGGAAAUGGAGGUUCACCAACUGAUGAUGGUUCUACAAAACCAAGGCGUACGCAGCAAGAGCAACUUCAAAACUGGCAGAAGAAUCGACGAAUGCUUGCUUAUUCUACUGUUGGUACACCAGAUUAUAUUGCGCCAGAAGUUUUAUUGAAGAAGGGUUACGGAAUGGAAUGUGAUUGGUGGUCACUCGGGGCAAUAAUGUUUGAAAUGCUUGUAGGAUAUCCACCUUUUUACUCAGAUGACCCCAUGACAACAUGUAGGAAGAUAGUGAAUUGGAGAACUCAUCUAAAGUUUCCUGAGGAAGCAAAGAUAUCUCCAGAAGCAAAAGAUCUCAUUAGUAAACUGUUGUGCAACGUUAAUCAGAGACUUGGGUCAAAUGGUGCAGAUGAAAUAAAGGUUCAUCCAUGGUUUGGUGAUAUUGAUUGGCAGAGGAUAUACCAAAUGGAAGCUGCUUUUAUCCCUGAGGUUAACGAUGAGUUAGACACACAGAAUUUUGAGAAGUUUGAUGAGGCUGACUUUCAAUCUCAAUCAUCAUCAAAGACAGGUCCAUGGAGAAAGAUGCUUUCAUCCAAGGACCUGAAUUUUGUGGGCUACACUUACAAGAACUUUGAAAUUGUGAAUGAUUAUCAAGUGCCAGGCAUUGCUGAAUUGAAGAAGAAAGACAGCAAGUCUAAGAGGCCGUCAAUUAAGUCACUCUUCGAGGACGACUCAUCAGAUUCAUCAGAAGCAGCAACCAGUGGUGAUCAAUCUGUUCAAGGAAGUUUCUUGAAUCUCUUGCCUCCUCAAUUAGAAGUUUCUCAGACUCAAACUGAUUCUCCACCAUCAAAAUACUCAUAAAUACUUCUUCAAACAUUAGGUGGCCAAGGAAAUCCUGACCAAUGAUAGGUCUGGUCAGUUUAUGAUAUUCCUUGUUGCAUUAAAGCAUAUGGAAUACAGUAAAAGGUGUAGGAAAAAUUGUUUUAUAAACUAAUUUUCGACCUCGUUCGACUGAUUCCAUUUCCAUUACUGUAAAAUUUCCCCCAAAGUAACCAAACCAAAGUGUAAAGUGAAUACUAUUUGUUGAUGGCUGAUGCCCACCAUUCUUUUUGUUUCAAUCCUUUUACUGUCAAAGCUGCAAAAAUGUAUCUUGUACAAAUGUAUUAGUGUUAUGCACUUGGGUUUACCUUGGUUAAUGAAAUAUUAUAUUUCUUUUAAA